GAAGGAUGCUGCGUGCAGUGUGUUGGUGGCUGUGCCUGGGCCUGUGCGGCCUCCUCGCGGGCCAGGCCGGGGCCCCGAGCCCUGUGGAGCCGCCGGAGAGGAGCCGGCCGUACGCGGUGCUCCGUGGGCAGAACCUGGUGUUGAUGGGAACCAUUUUCAGCAUUCUGCUGGUGAUCGUGAUCCUUUUGGCAUUUUGUGUCUACAAGCCCAUUCGGCGUCGCUGACAGUGGAGCAAGCAAGUUCUUCCAUGAGUAUUUGGAAACAGAAUAAGUUGUGUGGCAUGUGGGUCAGCGGAGAAGUUGGAAUCAGAACUUUCUUACUUGGAAAUGACCUUUCGUCUGGACAGUUGGUAAAUGCUAAAUGAUUUAGAAAAAGCAUCUAGCAAUUACUUUAUUUUUUCCUAACACUGUAAUGCAAAUAAUUGGCCACUGAGUCUGCUUCUCAUUGUUUUUUGUAUCUGGCUGUACUUGUUUAAAGGAAGACCUGAAGCUCCAGGGUUCAAUGUAAAGAUGGAGUGCUCGCGAGAAAGAAAACACCAUAACUUUGUGAGCGGCAUAAAAACCGCACGGGAGAGGACCAAUUAUUAAUGUUUGAAAUAUUAAUAAGAGGAAGACUUAACAUGUAGAUACUUCUUGUUUAAGAACCAUUUGGUCACGGUGGGAUAAGAAUCAUAAAUGUUUUUAAUUAAAUAGAGUUGGACCAGAAUGCUCUGUUUGCAAAGCAGUGUCAGCUGUGGGGAGGUUAGGCCGUCACUCAUGCUCCAUCGAGCUCUGCGCUCCCCAUUGAAAUCAGGGCCACAUCAGGUGGGCCUGUGACCACGGGCACCCUUGGGCUGGAAGCCUCUGGGGUUGGCCUGGAAAUGUUAGUAGUUGGCCCCUCUGAAAAAUAACUCCGUCCUGCUCAAAAAACGUUGAUGGCUCUUGUACUGCACUUAAGUCUUUCCAGCCCAUGGCCUAAAACUUGUGGCAGCUUUUCAGAUUUGGCAUCUCAAAGAGACUCAGCAGGAGCUCUUUUCAGCCCUGGGUGUGGAGGGCUUAGCAGAAGUGUGUGUUCACUGUACAAGGCCGAGUGGUGGGUGAGUGUGUGUUUACACAAAUUUAAUUUCAGUUUUGAAAAUGCUGCUAUUAAUUUGCACUGUUGGUGAACUGGAUUUUUUUUCCCCUAUUGAAAUGAUGCUUUCAUAUUUACAAAGUGGUUAUCAGUAUUUAUUUUAUUUUAAAGGUGCUAGGUUUAACUUUUUAUUAAAUUGAAAUGCUUAUCUUGUGCUCCCGUCAAGCACAGCACUGGAUUUUUUUUUUUUUAACAACUCGUAAUGUGAAAUAACUGAUGUGGGAUACUGUAACUGUUUGAGGAUUUUGUUUGUAACCUAACAUUGAGCCAUUGACAUGUUCACUGUUCUGUGCCUUGGAGCAAAAUGUCAAUUAAAAUUAAAAUCUCACAUGCUGUUUUA